AUGAGUUUUUUCAAUUACCUCUCCUUGGUCUUGGGAGGAAUCGAAGUCUUUUUGUUUCCGAUGAUAACUCGAGGUUUUCCAAUGAUUCAGUUUAUUUUUGAAGAAGAGAAGCUUUUCAUGAACGAAAAGUGCAGCGAAAAAGACAUCAUCAACGACGUCUAUUGCGAGGAAGCAAAAGCUGUUUUCGGAGACAUUUACAGUUCGAUGUUUCUAGCAAUCAACGGCGGUUCAUUUUUCUUCGGCUUUCUUUACCUCAAAAUCGGCGGUGCAUUUGUCCGUCUCAUCCUUGGAUUGCUCAUGACAGCGGGGCUCUUUUGCAUUAGUUUUUACAAGACGAGUCCUUAUUUCUUCUUUGCUGGAAUGAUUUUGAGCUCGACGGGGGUCAUCAUGUGGAUUCCGUUGAAUACCAUGAUCGGGCCGAUUUUUAAGAAGAAUUCUUCAUAUGUGGUCUUGUUUUUAUCGGCGAUGGUUGUCGCCUCAGGCGCGACUUUUUGGUAUGGAAAGCUGGCAUAUCAGUCAAGAGACUACCCGCUUGACUCCUAUAUCUUCAUCAUCGCGAUCCUUUCCAUCAUGAUAACAAUUCGCACCCUCUUCCUCUUCCCCUUCGAAACGAUCCCAAAAGACGUUCCAGACGAUUAUUGCAUCUUCCGAAGCUCUCUUGUUGGGCGAGCUCUAAGUUGGAAACGGAUUGGCGCGGAGAAAGAAGCCGAAGAGAAAGUCCAGGCUCCGACUUGGCGCCAAUACCUGCCAUACAUUUUUCACCCGAUGAACAUCGCCCUUUCAAUCUGGGACAUUUGCGGCUUCUUCCGCAGCUAUACUUUCAUCGGCUGGAUGGUGCCCUGGAUGAACCGUGGUUUCGACAGCCACGUGAUCGACUGCAAAGGAAACAUCACUUGUCAAGAGAACAUUCACGCCCUGAAGUCGCAAACGAUGGAUUCUCUUGGCUAUCUUCAAAUUCUUUCGCCCCUGUUGCCGAUUCUCAUGAUGUUGAAAUUGAAAUGGAGCGUCGGGAGAUAUCCCAAGUCCUAUCCGCUCCCUCAGCUUCGAGAAAAUCUCAAUACCCUUAUCAGCCGGGCAAUCAUCAUCACAGUUCUCGCCAUCGCCAUGACCAUCUUUCAAUGGUUUCCGAUCCCAGUUGCUUCUUCUGGCUACUCCACGCUCGCCCUUGUUCUUUGGAUCCUCCACCUCACUUACCUCAACAGCUGGUACAUCCUCUUCCUCUAUCAAUUCUGCCCCGCUCAAAUGGUCCCAGUCUUGUUCGCCGUCAAAUUCAUCAUGUUCCCGAUCUACUACGUCAACACACCUCUCUACAGCUCGAUAAUCGCGGAAAAGAAUGGCGACAUCGAUUUCACCAUUUCCAGCGGCGUCUUACUUGCAAUCGUUCUCGCCUCUUCCACGGCGCAAAUUUACUUCUUUUUCUUCAGCCGAAGAUUUUUGAAAGCAAAGGAGCGCAGUUUUCUUUACUUUCCAAAUCCUUCUGGCUGGAAACAAAAGGAAAAAACGAUUUUUCAACGGAUUAUCGGCAUGUUUACAGGAAAUCAACAUUGA